GUCCAGUCACUACUGUGUGUUGCCGCCGAUACCAUGAGGACCGCUGCGGCUUGCCUGGGGGCUUCAUUAUCCGUGUAUGCUGUUCCAUCGCGAGGUUUCCUUCCGCCUGGUAGGCCAACGCUUGCGCCUUCUCCAGCCGCGGUUGGCAUCGGACAUCGCAGCAGCAGCAGCGCAAGCGCUCGGUCCAGGGGCGGGGGAUUGCACAUGUCGCUAGGAUUGAGAGACGGGGACGUUUUCUGGGCAAAGGAGCUCCGGCUGGGGAUGGAGUACAGCCGGCUAGGGAAGAGCGACCUCGUGGUUAGCAAGGCGUGCCUUGGCACGAUGACGUGGGGGGAGCAGAAUAGUGACGAAGAGGCCUUCGAGCAGUGCAACAUGGCCUUCCACGAGUUUGGCGUCAACUUCAUUGAUGCGGCGGAAAUGUACCCGGUGCCACCCAAGCCGGAGACGCAGGGUAGGACUGAGAUAGCUUUGGGAAAGUGGCUCAAGUCCGUCGCGAGGCACAACGUAGUUGUCGCCACCAAGGUGGCUGGUAGGAGCGAUAGAUUGACGUGGCUAAGGGACGAUGGGAAAGGCACGAGAGUGAACCGAAAAAACAUCAUAGAGGCGGUCGACAAGUCUCUGAAGAGGCUCGACACCGACUACAUCGACCUGCUUCAGAUCCACUGGCCCGACCGUGCGGUUCCUCUGUUCGGGGCUAACGAGCGCUACGACGUUGCGAAGGAACGAGAUGACGACACAUCUUUCGAGGAGCAGCUGGAGGUCAUGGACGAGCUUUGCCGGGCAGGGAAGGUUCGUGCAAUCGGCACGAGCAACGACACUCCGUAUGGCAUCACCAAGAUGGCGCAGCUUGGCGAGCGAUUGGGCUACCCACGAGUAGCGUCGGUGCAGAACAACUACAACAUGCUCUCCCGCGCGGAUGUGGAGCUGAGCAGUAUGCCGGAGACUUGCUCGAGGGCGAACGCCGAUGUCAGCUACCUCGCAUACUCUCCGUUGGCCGGCGGGGUAUUGAGCGGCAAGUACUUGGAUCCUGAUGUGCCAGUCCCCGACGCCCGGCUGAACAAGUUCCCGGGGUACUAUUCCCGCUACAGGACGCCCGAGUGCAUCGAGUGCACAGCUAGAUACGCCAAGAUUGCCGCUGACAUCGGUCUCACCCCAGCGCAAAUGGCCCUGGCUUGGGUCUACUCGCGCGAGUUCAUCACAUCGACCAUUGUGGGUGCGACGACCACGGAAUCGCUGAGAGAGAAUCUCCGGGCGCUGAACUGUCCGGUCACCGAGGAGGCCCACGAGAAGAUCGUUGCGGUACAUGAAGAGUUCAGAGACCCCACCAAGACGAAGCGAGAGUUGCUGCCCAAGUUCGUCUUCAACAGCAGCAAGCUGCCGCCGCUCGAGAGAAAUUGAGCCCCUCGUUGAGACUAGGAGGAAGUCAGCACGCAAUGUUUGCCCUUGUGAUCGAGGCCUUGGAGCAACCUUUUACAACGGAGGGGCGUGCUCGAUGCUGGUGGUCGCGUGACCCCGCGUCUCGGUUUGGACGCAGCACCGUUCCGUAAGAAGAUUCCCCUCCUCCAGCUUGAGUGUUCUUUACGCGAUGGAGUCUUCUUUGACACCUGUUUCGCUGUGGCAGAGAGGUACCGGGGGAGAUUGUCGAGAUGCCGAACGUCGUUGAUUGGCGAGAGGAGGAUCGCUGCUUUGUCUGAAAUGCGUAAGUGCUCGAAGCAGUGCCCCUUGUCUUGUGCAACAUCGCAGUGUUCGGGCGUUUGCUAGGUGGAUGUGUGCGUGCAAGGCAAACCCAGCUCAGAAGUUGCUUUCCGUUGAGCCCAACUGUUGUGAGGGGAGGGGGUACAUGUACGCCGAUCGACGAAUUAUUCCGAUAUUUUUCCUGCGUGCCGCCUGCUCCGGCGUGACCAUGUCGCCGGUCUCGAGAGUCGCCACAUGUGUCGCCAACAAUGGAUUUUCUUGCCGUGUACCAGACUCGCGAGAGCCGGCGAGCGUGAAGAACUUGGCCAGCAUGGCUUUAUUCU